UCUAUGUUUUUUUUUUUUUGUUCCUUUUGUUUCAUGCACAGUAUGAUAAUUAUUAGCAAAUUGCAUUUGUUAAAGUCCCUCAUGACUUGAAUACAUAUUCUAUUUUCUAUAUUACCCCCUUGUUGAAUAAGAGAGCAUAUAUAAAUAUACAGAAUUAAUCACUCUUUCCUUUUCCUUUUAUACUUUCUUCUUAUAAAAAUGACUGCUCUUCCAAUUCAUCAUAGUAAUAAGGUAUAUCCAACUAAUAUAAGAAACCAGCCUGUGUAGUAAAUACUGAAUCAUAUAAUAUAACUUACAGUACAUCAAAAACAUAUUCACUUACUCACCACCUACGCCUUCUACUUCAUCCUUCAGUAACAGCAGCGACGAAAAUAAAGGUGAUGAUGGUGAGUAGUAUAAUAUUCAAAUUUUUGUUGUUGUUGUUGUUGUUGUUGAUCCCAUUCAUAUCAGACCGAGAUUUAUCCAAUGUUGGUUAUGGCUCAUUUCGGAAUAGUACACGUUAUUUAGGUAAAGACUGUAUUCUAUUAUGCAUAAUUAUGUCUGUUUAUACAUCUGAAUAUACUCUCUUCAAAUAUAGAUUUGAUGAAUCAUGACAAGAUAACAUCAUCAAUCGGAUCAAACGAAGAUGAUGAAGGAUUAUAUCUUUUAUGGACGCAACAAAUAUUAAAAGAAAAGGGAUUUAAUCCUUCUCCAUGUCGUCCGGAUAUAGAAGAAGUCGAUGAGUCGUCAUCAACAACAAGCAACCAUCAUGAUCAAAGUAGUCUUUCAGACUUUUCUAUUUCUUCUAUUGAGGAUGAAGAUGAUGACGACGACGAUUAUAUUGCCGAGCAACGUAAACUCUUGCUUUCUUCUCCUUCUUUUCCCCCUUUUUAUAGUCAACACAGGCCCUCAACUACUGUUUCUUAUUAUUCUGUAAUGAAUAAUGAUGCAGAAGAAGAUGAUCAAACACGAGAGAAUUCUAUUUCUAUGUUUUUUAAUCGUGU